AUGCCGUCAACGUUGUCUACGACGAUAUUAUUACCAACUAAAUCUCGUUCAUCUUCAACACCGUUAUCGUCGUCGUUGUCGUCGUCAUCGCUGCUUUUCCUGUUACUGUUAUCGUUAAAUUCAACAGCAAAAAUUUUUUUACCAUCACUAUUGCUUCUGAUUCCGAAAGUCUCUUGUGUUGAAGAGACACAUUCACCGUACUGGAUAACAUUGGAAUUAUUGAAUAUUGAAUGGAAACAAGGUUGCUUAACAACUGCUGGUUGUGCAGAUCCACGAUUUGAGGUGAUCAAAAACAACGUUGUUACGGAUGAAAAGAAGACUACCAGUUGGCCGGUUACAGAAAAACUUCCACAGGUCUGUUGA